AUGUCUUCCGGGACCCUCGAAGUGCCUCGACACUUGAGAAGUCCCGGCGAGGAUGGUUAUCUUACACCGACUAUUGAAGAUGCACUCCGAGCUCAACAAGAUGCGAGACUCAAUGGCGCGUCGCAAGAAAGUCGUGGCGUAGCCCGGAUGCAUUCAUCCGCCUUGGACGAAGCCCUGCAAAAAGUGACCUCGCGAGGAACAGAUCAGACUCACAAGUUUGACGAGUAUAAAAGGGGAAGUGGUGACACCGAUGGCUCCGGUGGCUUAUUUGAUCCCGGAGAGCAGGAUGGCAGAGGACUCUCGCGGAGGACUACCGACGCCUCGGCGAAGAAACUCAGCUGGAAAAAACGGAUUCGGCAUAUCACUUGGGCCUAUUUUACCUUGACGAUGGCGACGGGCGGAUUGGCGAAUGUUCUAUCGACAGUUCCCUAUCGCUUCAGUGGCUUGGAUAUGAUCGGGACAGUCAUCUUCCUCAUCAAUAUCGUGCUAUUCAUAAUCAUUUCCGCCAUGCUGUCGCUGCGGUUCUACUUUUACCCCUACAAAUUCAAAUCUUCCUUCCUUCACCCCACGGAGUCACUGUUUGUUCCUGCCGCUCUGGUCUCGUUCGGGACCAUUCUCAUCAACAUCUCUCAGUAUGGCCCGUCCCAUGCCGGUCCUUGGCUGUCCGAGGCGGUCGGGAUAUUGUUCUGGAUUGAUGCCGCGCUGGCCGUGCUGUUUUCCGCGGGUAUCUAUACUCUCAUUUGGUCAACCCAAACAUUCACUAUCGCUCAAAUGACCCCCGUCUGGAUCUUCCCGGCAUAUCCCAUGCUCAUCAUCGGCCCCCACGCGGGCAUCCUCAGUUCCAAGCUGGCACCUGACCGCGCUCUGCGCAUCAUCAUCGGCGGAACGACCAUCCAAGGUGUCGGAUUCCUCAUGUCCAUGAUGGUGUAUUCUGCCUUCAUCUACCGUCUGAUGACGCAGAAACUACCCCGUGAAAAUGUUCGACCCGGCAUGUUCGUCUCCGUGGGACCGAGCGGCUUCACCGUGGCGGGCAUCGUGAACAUGGCGGCGUCGGCCAAGCGUUGCUUUCCACCUGAUUUCAUGGGUAAUGGUUCUCUCGCGGCCGAUGUGAUUAAGGUGGUGGUGGAUUUUGCUGCUCUGUGGCUUUGGGGACUAGCAAUCUUCUUCUUCAUCGUCGCCAGCGCCGCCCACUGGUCUGCUAUCGGGCCGGGCCGUCUCGACUUCUCCAUGACCUGGUUCUCCUUCGUCUUCCCCAACACCGCCCUCAUCACGGCCACGUUUGCCAUCGGCAAAGCAUUCUCUUCCAAGGCGAUCAACAUCAUAGGUAUCGUGAUGGUGUUCCCUUUGUUUCUCAUGUAUAUCUUUGUGUGCGUGAUGAUGGUCCGCGCAGUGUUCACCCAUCAGAUCCUGUGGCCGCAAAAAGGCGAAGAUCGAGACGAGGGCGGGUUUGAAAUUCAUCGCGUGAGACCGGACGCUGAGAUGAUGGAGGAGAAGAGGAACCGGAUUAAUAAUGGAGUGCCUGUAUGA